UCGCUGAGCCGUCAACACUGUUUAAUAGGACGGAUAGCGUGGAUUACGAGAAAUAGAACCGCAGUUCGAUCACUUCCUUAUCAAAAGCUAGCGACGUGACUUAAAUUCCAUUUACGUGCGGGUAUUUUGUGAAUCACAACCGGUGGCUCAGAAAUCCGUGUUCUAGAACAAAGAACAUUGCAAUGGGUGGAAUCAAGUACAUCUGCCUGUUGGCUCUCAUAAUAGGAGCAUCAUUAUUGACAAUAGGCGAGGCAACUUCAAGACGGGAUGUCAAUGCAGAGCUAAACAAGAUUCCUGCGUCGAAAUGGUUGCAGUUGGUCGACUCAGCGCUUGACUCAGUGAAAAGACAAAAGCGCCUGGAAGAAAAUUUGUUGCGUUCUGAUAUCACUGUAAGGAAUGGCAGUCUUUCCCAUGUCCAACUUUUGGAUACAUUACCAAAUCUAGCUUCCAAAGAAGAUUGUCAGAUUGCACUAAAGAUCUUGAAGUCCAGCUUGACUGUUUACAAUAGCGAAUGUUUGCCCAAUGAUAUCGAUGGAGAUGAUUGUCGCAGUUACCUGGAGGAAAAACCACUUCCGGAGGGCAGUAGUUUGAGGACAGAAUGCGAAAAUUUGAUAAGAGGAAACCGAGAAGGUCACCAUGCUUUUAGGAGGUUACUUGAGGACAGCCACUACAGGGAUGGUUUCUAUGAGAUGUUCCCCAAUUCUGGUAAUCGUCAAACAGUGCCGGCUGCUUGGUCCAUUAGUAAGGACCUGUAUGAACCCGAUAAUAUUCAGACAUAUAAACAGAAAAUUGUUGACAACAACUCGAAUUUGGGUCUGGCCCAAUGGGCCCAAUUCGUGGAGCAUGAUCUUAGUAAGCCCGUAUCACAAUCGAUGAGCAAUGGAGCCCCAAUAGAAUGCUGCAGCCGUGACCAGAUCAACCUUCAGCCGCGUCACAACCACCCGGCAUGUGCUCCAAUUCUCUACCAGCCCGUUGGGAAAUACGACGUGCCCCAUUGCCUCAAUUAUGUGAGAAGUGCUUUGGCCGUCGCUGAUUGCAAUUUCGGUGGCGCUGAGCAGCUAAACCAGGCCACGGGAUCCUUGGAUCUGUCGCAACUGUAUGGCUUUACCGCAGCAGCAGAAAGGAAGUUAAGACUCCUAGAAGGUGGUCUUUUAAGGUCAACAGCACGGGGCGAGUACGACAGUUCCAUGCUGCCCAUUGCUACGAAUACAGAAGGACCGUCUUUCUGCGCCAGGGAAAACAUUGGAGAUGGCACCUGUUUUGUGUCCGGAGAUUCGCGUGUGAACAGCUCUCCCUUCUCCAUCCUAAUCUACACAAUCUUUAUGCGAAACCAUAAUAAUGUGGCUGCCGAACUUCAUCAAAGGAAUCGCCGGUGGAGCGAUGAGAAGCUCUUCCAGGCAGCCAAGGCGAUCAAUGUGGCUAUAUACCGUCGGGUUGUGAUUGAGGAGUGGCUGCCAGCUGUGCUGGGCAAUCCUUUGGCUGCUGAGAUUAAGAGAAAUCACCAAAAGAGUGCCUUGGAGGUCUCUAAUGAGUUUGCGGUGGCCGCCAUUCGGUUCUACUUCUCAAUGCUGCCCAAUGAGCUCCAAAAUCUGACCAAGGAUAAUGUAGUUUAUGGAACUGAAAAAAAUAAUGAAUAUGUCUUUAUUAGCAAGGAGCUACAGACGACCAACCUAUUUGAGCUUAAGGAAGAAAUCUACAAGCCAAAACUUCAGUACACUUCUGCGAAGUUAAACAACAUCCUCGAGAGUUUACUUAAUCAGGAGAUUAUGAAAAUGGAUGCCGCCUACUCUGGUGGUGUCGUUUGGCACAAGGACACCAAGCCAACACAUGCUGAUAUCCUAGCCUUCGACAUUCAAAGGGGCAGAGAUCACGGUCUGCUGCCAUAUCAUAGAUACUUGGAAUCGUGUGUCCUGUCCAGGCCCGUAAAUAGCUGGAAAGAUUUUGAGAAUUUUAUCCCCAAAGAGGGUUUGGAUAAUCUGAAAACCAUCUACUCCAGUUGGGCUGAUGUGGACCUAAUUGUGGGUGGAAUUUCCGAGAGACCAGUUCGCGGAUCCGUUGGUCCCACCUUCAGCUGCAUAAUUUCUGAGCAAUUUGUAAAUGUUCUUAAGCAACACGAGCAGAAUCCAGACCAUAAGCACGCCCAAUUGGUUCGGGAAUAUAGCCACUUCAAUGGAACCAAACUCCUGUGCCUGAACUCGGGUCUUUCGGCUGUCCCGCAGAAUAUCUUCCAGUUGCCAUCGGCCAGAAAUCAAAUGGUAUCUUGUGCAGAUGUCUAGAGGUUGACAAGACUCCGCCCCUCAUACUUUGCAAACCAAUUUUAGAUUAAGUUCCUAAAACCAAAAACAAUAUAAGUAAGAGUCAAAGCUUAAUAAAUACCUCAGUUAUAACUUCA